UGGCAGGGCACACGAGGAUAGGUCCAGACGGCGAUCGUCCUCUCGCUCGCGGUCACGGUCAAGGCCACGCUCCAGGUCUCGUUCACGGUCUAGAAGCGAGUACAGGUCCGGGUCCAGGCGUGGGUCCCGAUCCAGAUCUAGAUCGAGGUCUCCGGGCUGGCAAAAGGAGAGACCUCGGCACUGCCAUCGUCCAGACGACGAAGAUGGAGGGAGCGGCCGCGUGAGCGACCUUGCAGGAGGUCGCCACACGGAAGCCCGGGCCGGCAGCAGAGGGGCAGCGAGACGCGGGUCCAGAUCCGCCUCCGCCUCCCCUUCCAGAUCACCCCACAGGAGCAGCGCCCGCGAACGGGCUGCCCUCAAGGGCACUGGUCGAGAGGGGCCGCGUGAGCUCGGCGCCAUCUCUGGAGGUGAGGGCAAUCCAGACCGCGAUUCCUCUUCCAGUGGCGGCGGUAGCGGCAGCACCAGCAGCCGCACAAGCAGCUACAGUGACGGCAGCGAGGGCACAAGUGGCAACGGCCGCGAGGCCAGCCGUGACCGCGAGGACAGGGCGGUUAGCGAGGACCGCAGGGGCGGUGUGGCUGCUGCUGACGACGACGACAGGGCGGGUGAUGAUGACGGCGACGGCGGUGCUGCUGGUGGCGAGGGUCCGUACAUGAUGACGGACGACGAGAUCGCCGCCAUGCUGUCCAGGUACCGGGUGCGCGGCCGGGGCGGAGUGGGCUCGCAGGCGGACGUGGUGGGUCCGCAGCCCGAGCAGCAGGAGGACGAGGCGGGCGGCGAGGAGGGGGACGAGGGGUCCAAACGGGCAAAGCGGGGUCCAGCGGCCCCCGCAUGGCUUCGAGCAGCCACAGCCACACAACAGGUCCUCUCGCAGCUAGGCCUGCCGGUGCCCGCCGGAGCUGGCAACCUGGCCCUAGCCGCCCUCAGGCAGGGACUACUGCCGCCUCCGCAGCUGCUGGCACCGCUGGGCGCAAAGCAGCGUAGGGCUGAGGAGGCGCUGUUGGAUGAACUGGAGAGUGAGCGGCGCCGGCGGAGCAAGUCAAGCAAGCGCAGCAAAGAGCGCAAGAGCAGCAAGUCGAAGAAUAAGGAGAAGGAGAAGAAGCGGCGCAAGGAGAAGGAGAAAGGCAGGCGCAAGAAGCGGGAUGGCAAGGAGCGCAAGAGCAAGAGCAAGCGACGGCAUGACGACAGCGAUUAGCAUGCUGCGCACUGCGCAUGACUGGGUUGCGAGGGGGCGUCGGGGAACGGGCGGUGCAAAUCGUUUGCCUCGCCUCAAAAGUGCGAGUACUGUGGAUACCGA